AUGUCUACUAGCAAUUAUGGUAAUUCCGGAGGGGAUUAACAAAGACGAGGAGGUUAUCAAUAAAAAAGAGGCGGUGGAGCACAGACACAUGGUGGGGGCCAUGGUCGUGGAGGAUACCGUCCUAGUGAUAAUUAAUAGCCUAAAGAUAAUAAUCAAAAUGCUCAAUAAUCGUCCAAGUAUGUGAAAAAGACAAACACUUAAAAAGAGAUGAGUCAACAAGAAUUAAUAGACUAAUUAAAUAUGCAAGCAGAAGAGCAAUUUAGAGAUGAAUCUGGUUUAACAGUUGAUUAAAAGUUCCAAAUGAUGUUGAGUGGUUAAUUGCCAGAUAUUGAAGAGUCAAAACAAGGAGAAUAGAGCAAUCAAGCUCAAGGCAAGCCUGAAUAGCAAAUUUAAGCGGAAUCUUAAGUCCAGGUCGAAAAUCAAUAAUAAAUUCUGAGGAAUCCAAAUAGAAGAAGGUUUACAAGAGAAUAGCUGCUUUUAAAAUUUGAAAAAGAAUCAGAAAUCAGUCUUAAGCAUUUUGACAAGGAUCUACUUGAUUGGGUUGAGAUUUUAAGCAGUGGUCCUUUAUUGCCUGAGUCCGACGAUCCGUAAGAAUAAGCAGCUGAAGGAGUUUUAAUAUAGAAUUAACCAAAAAGAAGAGCUUAAACUGAUAGAUAUUAGAAACCAGGUUAACCUUAGUGGAGGGGUGGCCCUGGUGGUAAAAUGGCUUUAGGGUCACUAGAAGAAGAGGAAGAUGAGCAAGAUCCAGAAUGGAUAGACUUCGAUCCAAAGAAGGAAAGUAAUUCAUUCUUUGGUCGAGCUAUUGUCAAUGAAACUGAACUCAGAGAAAAUGUCAAAAAAGAGAAAGAGAGACAGCAAAAAAUCUGGGGAAGCAGAAAGACUUAAUACUAAAUCUAGGAAGAGGAAUUCGAGAGACUUACUCAAAUAGAGAAGGAUAGUGCAGCUAAGAAAGUUGCGUUAAUUGACAAAGAUAUUGAGCAAUAAGUAGAGGUUUUAGCUACAGAUAUUGAGAAAAAUGAGAGAAAUUUUUCAGACAUUGAUAUGAUUUAUGAGAAAAACAUGAAGCAAAAGAGAUAAUAGCAGUAAUAAGCUUUAGAUGAUGAUUAACUUGAUGAGCUAUUCAACUAACUGAUGAAUGAAGAAGAUAAGAAAACGAAAACCAAGCAAGUAAGUUCAUCUGUCAGCUACUAAUAAGAGUAAAACUAUAAUGCUCCUUAAUAGAAUUAAGCUCAAAUGCAACAGCAGCAACAACAAUAACAAGUAUAAAGAGUGGAUUUGCCAUAAGACUUGUAAUAAUAAAUAAAAAACCUCUCAAUAUAGCAAAAACAGUAACUUCAAUAGUAGAAAAUAGUUUCUUAAGUUCGUCCAAAGUUCACUGCUCUACAGAACAUUCAAAAUCUGUUCUAAAAUUUACCAGUAGUCACUCACGAUAAGCAUAGAAUCAAAAUGCAAGAAAUAGCUGACAUGGAAGAGGAAAAAGAGUAAGGUGAACUCUUUAAGCAGUUGACUUAAUCGAUCAACCCAUUUAGUAAAUACAUAUUGGAAGAAAACAUUCAAUAAGGCAAGACCUCAGAUAUAUAACCAAAUGGAAAGCACUGGACUCUGGAGGAAUCUAUCUUUUAAAAGCCAGCAGAUCAAUUAAGAAACGAUCACUACUAAAAGACUUCAAGUGAAAUGUUUAAAAUUUACAAGUUCUUAAGCGACCCAUUCAUGAAAGUUAAGUCGAACGUGUACACUGAGAAUAAGUUCGUGCAAAUCAAGGAUUUAUUCCCAACUAAGAAUCUCUUGGAAACCAGUCCUCUGAACUUGCAGAUUCAACUAACACCUCCUCGAUAAAUGAUGAUGAAUCCCAUGAAUGUUCAGCUAGCAUAGAUGCAAGGUGCUCCAAUGAACAUGCAAAAUGCCAUUGAAUUUAUCCCCUAGAGAAAACUAAGUGCAUAAUAAGAACUUUAACCUAAUGAAUCUUAAUAAAUACAAAUUCAGCCAAAACCUCAAACUAGUCAGCAAUAGUAAUAGUAAUAGCAACCUGAAUAGAGAACUCUGCAGAGAGCAGAUUAGUUUAUGUAGAAUCAAGCGCCUCAGUACGAAGAACUGGGAGGCUAUGAUGAUGAAGGAGAAAAUAAUGAGAUAGAUGAACUCUAAUCGAUGGAGUCGCAAUUAAAGUCAUUACUUGGCUUCAACCCCAAGUGA